AUGAUUAUUAAAAGCAUAAUCAUUUUUUAUAUAUUUCUUUUUGUUUUUACAACAUCGACACCAUUAUAUGAUUACUAUACUUCAUUGAAAGAAGAAAAUGAUUUAACAUUGACAAAAGAAUUAACAGAAUUUCUAGAAACGGUUAUUCAAAGAUUAGAAGAAAAAUUCAAUUUAGGUGUUACAAAACAACCAAAAAAAAGUAACAAGCAUAUUGAAAAUGAAACUAAAAAAGAUCCAAUAGAAAAAAUAGAAGAAUCAGGAUACUUUGGAGGUGAUAUAGUUCUCACUGAAAAUCAAGCUGAUAGUGUAUUUGAGCAAGUUUCACGAGUAGCUGAUAAAAAUAAUAUUAGUAUCUCUGACUUGCCUUUUGUAGAAAAAAGAAAAAGAAGAAAAAGAAAAAUAAAAGAUGAUCGUUUACUAAAAUGGGGGGCUCAAAUACCAUAUUUUAUUGAUCAAGGUGUUACUGGUUUUGUGGUUGAUAUAGCUUUAAAACUAAUGCAAGAAGAAACUUGUUUAAAUUUUACAAAGAUAACAGAAAAACCAAAUCUUAAAGAAGGUUUGAGAUAUUACGUUGGUAAAGGCUGUCAUAGUCAUCUUGGUAGAAUUUAUGAAUUUACAGCUCAAGAUGUAAGUAUUGGACCAGGAUGCGCUACCCUUGGAACUGUUCAACAUGAAACUAUGCAUGCAUUAGGAUGUGAACAUGAACAAUCAAGAGCCGACAGAGAUAAAUAUUUAAAAUUAUUCUUAGAAAAUGUAGUAAAAGGACGUGAGCAUAAUUUCCUUAAAAUUGAAUUAACUGAUUAUUUCACAUAUGAAACUAGUUAUGAUUAUGGUUCCACUAUGCAAUAUCAUACUAAAGCAUUUAGCAGCAAUGAUAAAUUUACAAUGCUUCCAGCUCUUCCAUUUUAUGGAAGUACUUUAGGUAUGGAUGAAGGAAUGUCUUUUCUUGAUGCUAAAUUGUUAAAUUUGCAUUAUUGCAAAAAUAUGUGCCCAAAUACCAUUAAGUGUAAGCGUGGGGGGUAUCAAAAUCCUAAAAAUUGCAACGUUUGUAAAUGUAUUGAAGGAUUUGAAGGUCCUACGUGCAAUGAUUUACCAAAACGUAAAGAGGAAUGUGGCAAGAUUGUUCGAUAUAAUAUUACAGAUGAAAUGACAAGAAUUAAAGUUUUAGGUAAGAAAGACUGUGUUUAUCACUUAAGAGCACCAAAAGGCAGUAGAAUAAAAAUAAAAUUAGCUUUUUUGACUUAUAAUCCACAAAAAAAAAAUACAUGUCAAAAAGUAAACGCUUUAGAAAUAAAAUAUUUGAAAGAUAAAACACAAACUGGUGCAUUCUUUUGUGAUACUCAAGAAGGUUUAACUCUUGAAACAGAAGAUCAUUAUGCACUUGUUUUUCAUAGAAGUUUGCAGGACUCCAAUGCAGUGGAAUUUGCAGCAACUAUUUUAAAGCCAAAAUAA